AUGGCCCUGGAGCAGGCGCUGCAGGCGGCACGGCGGGGCGACCUGGACGUGCUGAGGUCCCUGCACGCCGCCGGCCUGCUGGGGCCUUCUCUGCGCGAUCCGCUAGAUGCCCUGCUGGUGCACCAUGCGGCCCGCUCGGGCAAGCUACACUGUCUGCGCUACCUGGUGGAGGAGGUUGCCCUCCCAGCCGUGUCCCGCGCGCGCAACGGCGCCACACCAGCCCAUGACGCCGCCGCCACAGGCUACCUCUCUUGCCUGCAGUGGCUGCUCACACAGGGUGGCUGCAGGGUGCAGGAAAAAGAUAAUUCUGGUGCCACAGUCCUGCAUCUGGCUGCCCGCUUUGGCCACCCGGACGUGGUAAACUGGUUGCUGUACCAGGGUGGCGCAAACUCUGCCAUCACCACAGACACGGGUGCCCUGCCUAUCCACUAUGCUGCCGCCAAAGGAGAUCUUCCCUCCACGAAGCUUCUCGUCGGGCAUUACCCUGAGGGGGUGAAUGCCCAAACCAACAACGGUGCCACGCCCCUGUACCUGGCGUGCCAGGAGGGCCAUCUGGAAGUGACGAAGUACCUUGUGCAGGAGUGCAGUGCAGAUCCGCACCUGCGCGCCCAAGAUGGCAUGACACCCCUGCAUGCCGCGGCGCAGAUGGGCCACAACCCAGUAUUGGUGUGGUUGGUGAGCUUUGCAGACGUUAGCUUUUCGGAGCAGGACCACGACGGCGCCACGGCCAUGCACUUUGCAGCCAGUCGCGGCCACACCAAAGUGCUCAGCUGGCUUCUGCUGCACGGCGCAGAGAUCUCGCAGGACCUGUGGGGCGGGACCCCACUGCAUGACGCUGCUGAGAACGGGGAACUGGAGUGCUGCCAGAUCCUCGCGGUGAACGGCGCGGGGCUGGACGUCCGCGACCACGAUGGGUACACCGCUGCCGACCUGGCUGAGUUCAAUGGCCACACCCACUGCUCCCGCUACCUACGUACGGUGCAAAGCCUGAGCUUGGAGCACAGAGUCCUGUCCCGGGAUCCAUCCAUGGACCUGGAGACAAAGCAACCUGACUCGGGCAUGUCCUCACCCAACACCACCAUGUCAGUCCAGCCACUGAAUUUUGACCUUGGCUCACCUACCAGCACCCUCUCCAACUAUGACUCCUGCUCCUCCAGCCAUUCCAGCAGCAAGGGUCAGCGCUUAACUCGAGGUGUUCCAGGUGCAAGAGCUGCAGACUUACAGAGUUACAUGGACAUGCUGAACCCAGAGCCAAGCUUGCCUCGGGGCAAGUUAGGGAAGCCUCCACCGCCACCGCCGCCGCCACCACCACCACCACCAAGCUUUCCUCCGCCGCCGCCACCACCACCCCCAAGCACGCAGCAGCCCCCACCUCCACCAGGCUACCCAGCUCCCAAUCCCCCUGUGGGGCUGCAUUUGGAUAACAUUUACAUGCAGACCAAGAACAAGCUUCGCCACGUGGAGGUGGAUUCAUUCAAGAAGGAGGAAUGCCACCCCAAGGUGGAGCUGAGCGAUCAGUUUGCACAGCCGAGCUCCGGCGACCGCCACUCGGGGUUACACAGGCAGGAGGACUCGGGGCUACACAGGCAGGAUUCGGAGCUGCUGUUCAAGCAGGACGCGGAGCUGCGCAGGCACAACACGGGACUGCGCAGGCAGGACUCCGACCGCAAACAGCGCUCGUUCAGUAAACAGCCCAGCACGGGGGACUACUACCGCCAGCUGGGCCGCAGCCCGGGGGAGCCGCUGGCCGGACGCCCGGGCAUGGCCCACAGCGAGGAGGCGGCGCUGCUCCCCGGGAACCACGUGCACAACGGCUGCUCAGCGGACUCCAAAGCAUCCAGGGAGCUGCCGCCGCCACCGCCGCCGCCGCCGCCGCUGCCCGAGGCCCUGAGUUCGCCGCCACCCGCCCCACCCCUGCCCAGCGAGGGCGCGGGCGCAGCCUGCGGGCAGCGUCGUUCCUCGUCUUCUACUGGCAAAGUGAGAGUCCUGAGACACAGGAAGAGCACCAAAUCUUUCAACAUGAUGUCCCCGACGGGUGAUAACUCAGAGCUGCUGGCUGAGAUAAAGGCAGGCAAGAGCCUGAAGCCGACACCGCAGAGCAAGGGGCUGACCACAGUGUUCUCCGGCAGUGGGCAGCCAGCCUCCCAGCCUGAGUCACCGCAGCCUCCGGUGUCACCUGCGCCAUCUCGGGCUCGGAGCCCCACCCCACCAGCCUCUGGGCCUCAGCCACUGCUCAAUGGCAGCGUAGUGCCGGCACCGCCUGCCACCCCCGCACCAGGAGUACAUCUGGAUGUGGAGGCCCUCAUCCCCACACUUGAUGAGCAGGGCCGGCCCAUCCCUGAGUGGAAGCGCCAGGUGAUGGUCCGAAAGCUGCAGCAGAAGAUGCAGGAGGAGGAGGAGCAACGGAGGAAGGAGGAAGAGGAGGAGGCCCGGCUGGCCAGCCUGCCUGCCUGGAGACGAGACAUUCUUCGGAAGAAGCUGGAGGAGGAGAAGGAACAGAAGCGAAAAGAGGAGGAGCGGCAAAAGCUGGAGGAAAUACAGAAGGCGAAAGAACAGUCGGAGAAGCUGCGGACACUAGGCUACGACGAGGCCAAGCUCGCGCCCUGGCAGCGACAGGUCAUCUUGAAGAAGGGGGAGAUCCCUAAGUAAUAGGAGUCUCGGCCUCUUGUGUGUAGCCUUUUAAGUUCUGAGAGAUGGGGAGCGGCCCCCAGCCCCUGCCCCAUCCUGUCAGGUUGGUGCGGAAGGGCUGGGAGCCUUGCAGCCCUUCCCUUCGGUGCCUGCCGGAACCCUCCCUAUUCCCCUCCCUGGCCCCACAUCCCCAACCCUGCUGCUGGAGUGCUCUCGCGAACCCCUGCUGUCGCCUGGAAAAAGUGCCCAAGCUGCUGACGCAAAAA